ACAACAUAAGAAAAAUGUGAGAAAGUCCGACUCGAAGGAUUUAUAACAAUAACAGAUAAGGUAUAGAUAAUCAGCGGGAAAAUGUGGUUACUUCAGCCACAUCGUCUGAUUUUAUUCCUUGGAAUAUGCAUAUUUUUAUUAGGGAUGUUCCUUGACACGGCUGAAGCGUAUGGAAUGAUAAAGUCACCGUCAAAGUCAAAGAAAUCUCAAUCUUCCCAGAAAAAGCUUGCUGACAGGCGAAGAGCAGCUGCUAAAAAGAAGAAACAGGAUAAAAAACAGAAAUCGCAAAAGAAAAAUCAGUACAAACCACCAAAAUCCAAGACACCGAACCCCCCGAAAGCUUCUGACACCAAAAUAAGCGUGUACAGAUGUCCCUCCGAGGCGGUAGAGAUGAAUUGUUUAAGCUGUAAAAGAAAGGUGUACAGGAGAUGCCCUAUCGCAUCCGCGAGUAAAAUUACAAAGGUCCAGGUGCUGAAGGAAUACACAGACUCGUAUGGAAAAUGUAACGUUGGGAAAAAUGAAAAUUUUGGAAUCUAUGACGGUAACAACAUUUGGGUAGAUGCCGGAUGUAGGGCUAAAUUUCUUGUUUGCUACGAUAAAGAGCAAAGACGUUCUGGCCAGCACGAACCUAAAACAGUGAACUGUAUAUGUAGUACAUCUACUCAACAUAAAUGUGAAACUGGUCUUCGAGGUAUUCGUGUGAACGUAGAAGUCAAAGUUGUUCUACUUUGGAGUUUCGGUGCGAAAAAGUGCAAGGAAGGGAGUACGUACACGUACAAUAAGGAUGAAAUUACGGUUUUGCCUGGGUGCAGUGGGACUUUCAGAGUAAUGUGGUAAUAAAUGCAUAAACAUGAACAACAACAGGACAUACAAAGCAACAAUGAAACAACAAUGAAACAAACGCAUUCUAAAUUUUGAACAUUAAUAAUUAAUAAACUCACUUAUAAAAUACAGA